AGGCGCGUAGCAAAAGUAGAGUCGUGCCUUGUAAAGAGUACAUAAAGCCCCAGCUGCAGCAGGGCGCACCAACAUGAUACAGAACGGGCAAAAAAUAGCAGUGGAAGAGGUCGCGCCCUAAGAAGACUUCUCUGCUAGUACUGCUCGCUUGGGGCCGCCGCCGACGUCGCACCCGAAUCACAACAAACGGUUGUCGAUUGCAAGAGGACUUCUCGGUCUUCGAUCGCUUGCAAGAGGACUUGUAGCAGACCAGUAUCCGUGUUACUCAGCAUAGCUUUGCCAAGUAACAAGAUCCUGCACGACCAGAUGAGUGUCGUCCCGCAUCAGACCGAAGGCUCCGUCAGCAAAGAGGACGUCAUCAAUCCAUCAGCCUCAUCCAACACCUCCAACAUUUCUAAAUCUUCCCCGCGUCCCUCCGCGGUUCUUUCCUCCUCCCUUGCGACGACGAACAUAACGCCCUCGCGCAUGGUAUGGCGUUCUCAACUGUUACAUUCUCAACUGUUACAUGAAUUUGUGAUGCAAGAAUGGCAAAAGUGAAAGGAGGGAGCUUGCGCGUCUUGCGUGACAGAUUUGGCACAGAUUUAGACGCUGGCUAGCCAUUCGAGAACUUGUCAUGUGAAGCAGCUGGAACGUCUUGUGGCUCAUGGUCAUUUUGCAUGACAAAUCAGGUAACAGCUGAGAAUGUAACGUUUGAGAACGCCAUACAUGGUUUUGGUGGAAGACACCACAGCAACGAGUUUAGGAAAUUUCGGUCUUGGCGGAGGGACUUGUCGGGGUGGUGGAGGUGCGGGCACGAGUGAAGAAGACUUCCGACGAUUCAGUCCGGGCGACGACGAGGAAGAACAGGACGCGCGACAGGACAUUUUUUUACUGGAUGAAGAUAAAAAUGUGAUGAGCCAUAAAAAUUUGGGCGGAGUGGUGAAUCCUGCUCUUGGAGAACCUUCAGUGGGUGGAACUCAAAUAAAUUCUGGACUGCGAGGACCACCAGGAGGGCCUCCUGCUGCUAUGAUCGAAAUUGAAGACGACGAAGCCCAGAUCGAAAGUCGCCAUUUGGUGUCUACAGGCGAGGAACUGCAUACUAGCAGUGGGAUGAACAUGAACGUCAACAACAUGAGUAGUACGAAGCGAUCUCUGUUGCAAAGUGUCGUCGGGCGUAGUUUAGCAGGAGCCGACCACCCACAUCGUGGCGAGCAGGAAGAAAAUAUCCAGCUGGAGGAAGACAGUAGUCCCGAUCACGGACCUAUCAAAAGUAAAAAUGUCUGGGUUUGGAAACUUGUGAUGCUGGGUGGCGUCUCAUGAUGAGGCUACAAAUGCUGGCUCAGCAUGACAAGUCUCUGAGCUCCUAGUUGUUACCUAUUCUGCAUGACAAACUGCGCUUCUGUGUCGGUUUUCUUCUUGUGUCGCUUUCUUUUGUGCCACCGGCGUUCUUCAACAAGAAGACUUUCUCACGCCUGAUUGUCCGCUAUGCAUGUGAAAAUUAUGUAUGUAGAUGUGGUUGCACGGGACAGAGACUGAGCAGACGACUAACGUUUUCAGUUUUGACGUGCAUGGGAACUGACACUACAGUGGCCAGCUCGAUUAGAGCUUGUUCGUUCCUUGUGGCUUUCGUGUUCCUCUGUCUGUGCCAUGGGUCUAUGAGAGACUUCGACGUAGAAGUAGUAGCUGUAGUGUUGUAAUCCACGUAUUUUUCGCGUGGUUGUCCUAGGUGAGCUAGCACCCGUACCCAUGGACAACCAUCUAAGACGCGGAAAAUAGAGAGCACUUUAGUCCUUGGCUUUCUCUUGUUUGGUCAUGAAUUUCGAGCCACUUCUUAGGGUGGUCGAGAAAGUCAGGCUAAAGACGGUACGGGCAGAAGUGGAUCAGUGUAGACGCGCGCUAGUAUUUAGUGUUAGUCAAGGUAAAAUAUACUUAGUAGCUUGGGUUAGAUAGUUUAUUUCCCGUCUUGGGGUUUGUAAUGUAGUUGCUCUUGCUCCGCCCUUGGUUUUUCGGGCUUGUUCCGGCCUUUUGCAUGAUCUGAUGCUGUCUCGGUCGGUGGUGUGCGCGGUUCUAUCUCUGCUCCCUCGGUUGCGGACGUGUUUGCAUUUGUCCGCAGCGACAGUUCGCCUUGUUUGCGGCUGCUCGCCAUGAAAGCAACUGCAUUUCAUCUUGCCUCACUUUUUUAAGAUGGGUUUUUUCGUAUCUAGGACUGUGCCAUAGUAGAUGACUUUACCGCUUUUUUUCUUUUCUUUUAUCCCUCAGCGCUGGUGGGUCUGCCGGCAAAGUUAUCCCUACUCAGAUAGCUACAAAGCUCAUCCCGCAGCCGUCCCAGGAGCUCUUGUGGCUGUCUCUCGGUAGUGAUCGCUUUGCCCGUGCUUAUGCCACUCAGAGUUUGCUGGGUAGGUGGCUACCGUUUUAAGUUUAUAAACGAAUGGGACGCCCUGCCCUUAGCCUUCCAACAUGACAAACUGCGCUUCUGCAUCACAGAAAAGCGGGGCUCUUGGGUAACGUGCAUGACAGAUUUAAGAGUCAUGCCAGACAAGCAUGACAAACAUGAACUCUUCCAGACCCAGACAUUUUUACAGUUGAUAGGACCACUCGGGCACGAAAAUAUGAACUUGCUGAACUCCCACCACGUCGUUGACCACGAGCAAGAGCGCGGCAGGUCUUCGGUGGAAGUAGACGGUGUAGUAGAAUCAGCACAGCAGCUGCAGCCGCAAUCUAGCGUGUUAGGUGGAGCAUCUCAACAAGAACAACUUCUGGGUCAACAACAACAGCUGCAACCGUCGAACAUCAAGCCGAAGCAGCAGACUGAGUUGUUGGAAAAGCAUGUUGGGAAUUACCACUUUCGGCAGUACCCCAGCCCAAGCUUGCUCGUGGACCCGGACGUGCGGAUUGUUCAACAGCAGCACAAUUUCAAGAACUCGUUGACCGGCCGGGAAAGUCUGUCCAGCAGCAUUGCGUCAAAUCAGAACAGUAAGAAUUAUGCUCCUGGUCGUGGAGGUCGUGGAGGUUCUUCAGUAUACAACGGUCAACAUCAUGGUGGACUGCAUGGCCACCAGCACCAGCAACUACAUCGUCAUUCCUCUACCCGUCGUAACAUCUUUUGCGAACGGUACAGCCCGACAUUGGUGUCGUCGAGUCCAAUGCUUCUAUCUGAUGAGCAAAGAGAGGACCAGAGCAGCAUCAUGGCUUCUGGAGGUGGGCGACGGGGGAAUCAUAAGCGGUCCUCCGCCGGCGGAAAAAACCAUCAUGAAGAUUUUAGAGGCAAGAAUAUGCACCACAUUUUCGGCCGGAGCAGUGGGCAUAAUUUUCGUGCUGGAAAUGAUAUUAAGCGUGCUUCAUCUACUUAUUGGGAUCACGACUCGGAAAGGGGUGCCGGCGGUGCCGGUUUUCAUAAGUAUCAUCACGGAGGUGGAAAAGGCGGCCGUGGUCAACAUGAUCAUCUUCACGAUAGCUACAUGACCACCUCGCUGCACCAUCUUCAGCAUCAUAGCACGAAAAAUAAGCAGAUGUUGGCGAAUAAACAUGGCAACAUGCAUUUUGGGCCAGCGUCUGGUGGAGCUAGUAAAAAUCACGGGUAUAUUAAUUCGCAACAGCAGCAUGAGUUUGGGGCUGGACCGGGGCAAAACCUGGAAGCCCCUCCCCAUGCCGCAGGCCGGCGCGCCGGGGCGAUGGUGCAACACCAUGGGAAAAAUGGAACCACUGCGAAAACAACUUACACCAAAUACAUCGGUGGCCACAACCUCCUGAUGGGUGGAAACAAGAACGGCACAACUACCAACAACACCAGGAACACGUCUAUCACGAAAAAUGCCCGCAACCGCAUCUCCAGACCGUCCGAGCACAAUCACUUGCUCUCUUCUGACGCUGAUAUCGAUGCAGAAGAAAACGAUAUUCAUGAUAACGACCAUGAACAACAGACGCCUGACCUCCUGUUCCACCAUUCCGUCGCAAGUAAGCGGGUUGCGGGCGCGGCAACGAACAUGUACAACCGGACCAUGACUGGGCACGAAGGGCAGGGGAACGAAGCUGAAAGAGCGAUCAAGAUGUACAACAAGAACAUCAUGAUGAACAACGAUCAAAGCUGCAACUCUAGUCGCGAAGAAGAUCUUCAUGGCCAUAAUAUUCAGCACCAUCGUAUCCACAGUAAAUUUCCCGUACACGUACAGAUGCGGUCUCUGCAUGACAAAACUUGGCUUCGAUCCUAGUUUAGCACGACAAGCUUUACGCUCCAAAUUGGUGAGAUUUGUGAUGUAUGUUGUACAUGUACGGGAAAUUUGUAUUGCAUACAUCGGAAGAUGAGCGGCAACUACCACAGAAAGAUGAACCGCAGCAGCUACAACGACGCGGCGUAUUACUACUCGACACGAUCCUCCCGUCGGUCAAUGUUUGUACCGCCACCGUCGUCGAAACUUCUAAAACACGGAAGUAAAAAAAAUUCCGGCCACGAACUGCACCCAGACUGCUCAUCUGAAGAUGAAGAGGUCGAAGAUACGACUUUCCUCGCUAUUCUCGCUAGCUCGAAAAAGAUGCAGUGUUUGGUGCUGAUUCUGUGCGCAUUGCUGUGCAUUCUCGCGGGAUUUCUGCUCGCGGCCGCAGCGCAGAACUUACAGCCGCUGAUGAAAAAUGACAGCGGAGGGGAAGAUCGCGGAAUAUUGAAUAGUCGAACUCGCCCGACGUCCGGCGUUACUCUACCCGACCAAGUGUUUGCUAGUAGUACCGCAGCGGCUUUGGUGCCCUCCCCGCGCCCGUCUCCUCGCGAGGAGAACACGACCAAGCAGCACGCUACUUCUUCGGAUCAUGAACGACGGACAACUUCAUCUCCGACUCCUCUAAAUAAUGGAUCACCGCAACUACAUAACAGCCCGGACAGUGUGCAAUUUCAUCCUGCGUCGAUGUCUGCUUCAUCUCCAUCUCCGGCCACGCCUCCAGCUUUGAAGAUGACCCUCACAGGAGCUCCGAAUUCCCCGCCUCGACGAUCCCCGCCCCGGCAAUCUCCUUCGGCUUCACCCGUACGCCAGUCCCCGUCGAAUUCGCCCGGAGCAUCUUCUGGGGUAACAAGUGAACACAUCAUGGUACAACAGCAGCUUGGUCAACAUCAAACCCUUCCCCUACAGAAACUGAAUCUCGAGCGGCAGUCUAGCAACCAAAGCAGGUCCUCCACCUCGGGGCAUCAUCAAGGCGGCCAAAGUGGUGGCAAUAAAUCACAGCAGCCGCCUUCGAUGAAAACAUCAAGCCGGGAGAAGAACUCCGUGUGGCUGCGGUUUCACUCAGCGGAGUCUGGGAAGACGGAGUAUCUGGAAUUGAUCAAGUCUGCGCUUUAUGAAAUGCAAAAGUGUCUGGGUCUGGAACGUUGGAACUUGUAAUGCUGGUCUUGCAUUCCUGUGAACUCUGUAAUGCGUGACCAGCAAUUAUCGCAGCCAUUUUUGCAUGCAAAAACGCAGUUUCUCAAUCUCAUGCGGGCUGCCUAUGAGAAAGGGAAAGCGCUCUGCAAACUUUUCAUGCUUUCCUGCAUAAGCAAGUAUUUUCAUCAUGCACAUUUUAGCAUCACAAAUUUCCAGACCCAGACAUAUUUCUUGCCGUGCAUACGCUUUUUAUCCGGGAAAUCAGUUCUCAACUGGAAAAUUGGGCGGUGGCCGCGGAAGCGACUCGCGUUCGGCUAUGCAUUGCAAAUAUGUCCUCUGGGUCUGGAAGGCUGGGAACUUGUGAUGCGUGUCCCGCAUCCUGCACAAAUCUGUGUUGCGUGACUUGCGCAAGAUGCUCACUUCUGCUCAUGCUGAGAGGGCAUUUCUCAUGCGGAACAAGCAUCACUAAGAGGCUGCAGAACCUGUGAUGCUAGGCCCUGCAUUGCAGACUUGGCGGAGCUUGGAAAAACUGCAUGGUAAAUCUCGGAACCUUCCAGACCCAGACAUAUUUGUAUUUCAUAUCGGCAGCUGAUGAACGAGAUUCUCGUGCGGAAUCACGUGGUGCAACCCCCGGGAUUGGACUUCAACCACCCGACUGGUGGUGGACCAGCUGGUGCUGCACAUCAGCAAGUUAAUUCGAAUUUUUCCCGGACGAGCAAGCACGUGAACCAGUUUGUCAAAGCCCUGGAGAAGUGGAAAGUGGAAAUUAAGCUCGUCUACCAGGGAUCCUUGUCGAGAGACUAUGUAUCCGUGGAGAAAAUCAAACACAACAUGACCGCGGCUGCGCAGCAGCUUGUUGCGGGAGGUGGUGAACUACCAGGUGGCGCACCACCGCCGUCCGGUGCAGAUGCUGGCGUAGGUGGUGAGCACAUUCUGGUCGACCUUCCGGGCUCCUCUCCCGCGAGCAGUGCGGGAGACAAUUCCAAUGUGAGCACGAUGACUGGAGGUGGUUCCUCGACUGCUGUCAGUGGUGCGGGUAGUAGUUCUACUUUGGAACAAACCAACUUCCUGGCAGCUGGAAACAGAACCACUAGUACAACGGAGAUAACAAACCUUCCGCAUCAAGCCAAUAUUACCCCUCCACCCAUUCCCGGUUUCGACCAGUUUCUACAGGCUUUUUUGCCCCUCUGCACCGACGUCUUCGUUGCCAACGACCAAGAUACGCUCCCCCAGGCGAUUGCUUUGGGGUAUAUGUUUGCUAAGUAUUCAAUCGAUGCAGCUGGCUCUUGAUCUUUCAUUAUUGAAGAUGUCUGAAGAUCUUCUGAUUUUGCGUACUUUUGAGGAAGAGCUUUCAUUGGAGGUAGAUAUUUCACUUUGCAUGAUGCAAGUGUGAUUGUUAUAUACCAAGCCAAAACAUCAAAAGGUAUCCCGUGAUGCGCGGCGGCAGGAUGCAGCUUUCCCCGCGGCAGAAGCAUGACCUGAUGGAAACCCGGUCCCGGGAAUUUCUGCGGAUGCUCGGCUACGCGUUUUUUGGCGAAUACUCAUGGUUCUCCGUGCGGAUGAAAGUCAGCAGUGUCAAUUUUGCGUGAAGUCAGCAGGAGUGGUUGUCCUUUUUUUCCCUCGAGCCUCUUCCCUCGACCUACAUGGCCUCGUUCACAUGCCGCAACUGCUAUCGAAAACAUCUUAUUUUCACUAUAGUUGCACUUGCAGCAGCAGCCCAUCGUUUUGAGAAUUUUUUCUUUCCUCCCUGCACUACUUGAUAUGUUGACAUGACGACCCUUGAGAAUAUUGAUUGUGAUGCCGCGCCCUGUAAUCUCCUCGAUGACGCGACUCUGUAGCACUCCUACAAACUUCUUCUUGUGAGGCGAAAGUAUUGAUAACACAAACAUUUGUUUUGUCAAUACGAUGAACUAACUACCGCUUUGUUAAUAAGACAAACUUACUUUAUCCUUGGAGCGUGCUGUACUGUUUAUGUGUUUCUAGAACAGCUUUUAGAUUGAUUCAGUGCCGUGUGUGGAGUGGAGCUUUUAGGAGCCUUACUGGCUUCAUUUCCAACUCGCACUCAUCUAAUAUCCUCCUUAAAGUUUCAGAGUCCAUUCUUCAUAUGGCUCGAGUCGAUUUGGAUUUCAUUUUCUGAUUUCUGCAGUGACAAGCCCAAUUUUGCACUAGGAAAUCACAAUGAUUUUGUACCUGCUCGUCAUCUCGUUUGAAAUAGAGUUUGCGAAAUUCAUUCUGCCAAAUGUAAAACUUCCAUUGAGCUUUAUUGCAGCGAUAAAGUGAUACUCUUAAAUCUCUUCUUUUAUCGUCUGCAUCUCAUAAUUUUUCCAAUAGCUCUGUUCUCGUGCCAAAUGUAAAUGCACUUCUGAAAUAAAAUUGUCUCGUUCAGCUGCAAAAAUCUCUAUCAUUUCCCUUCGAGAAGAUGGACUGAAAUUAUUUAUGUCUGUGAAAUAGAAAAAAAUGAAAACCAUUUUCACUAGUGAAAAAUGCAUUUCAACAAAUAUAAGGUUCUAUUCGAAAAAGUCACCGUCAGGCAGUGGAAAAGUGGAUACUAAGACCAACGAAACGACCGGGCAGAUGAAGAUUCGGAAGUUGCUCUGGCUUGUGGUGGUAGCUGACACUGGUUGCGAGUCUGCCUCUGCGCCGUCUGCGAUGAAGAUAAACAAAACUAUGAGUGAGUCAGAAAAGUGUCGUGCACACCAGCCACUGUCUGCGGUGACGAGAUCUUAUUUCUACCUGUCGGCUCCUGCUUCCAGAAGUUGCAGGGAUAAU